CACCAUAAGCGUUACCCGGCUCUAAUUAGCUUCCAAAAUUCCUAUGACUGGCGGGAUAUCCGUACAGGAGGAUGUGUCAGCGCCUCGUCUCUUGAGAGUCCUAUUAAGCCCUGUUGAAUGACCGUUUUUUGGUUCCGGGUUUCUGAAUUUCUUCCCAUCGUUCCUGGAUGGACUUCGCUCAUUUACCGUGUUGACCACGCUCCCUAUUUCACAUUUCACUCGUUUGUCUGAAACAAUUCACCGAGCUUUCUUUGAUCUUUCACUCCUGCACCAGAUACUACAAGGUUGCUCACUAAAGUCAACGCUUUCUUGGAGUUUGUAGACCAGAUAGUGUAUAGGCUACUUUCCUAUCAUUACAAGCUUGCCUCUUCAGUUUUCAUCGCAUUCAUUUUCCAAAGAACAGAUAACUACGCAAUGCUUCUGUUUAGAGUAUUUGCUGGCAUUGCCAGUCUUGUGUCACUGGCAGUUGCUGAUGAUGCCACUGAAGCUCUGCCCAUGGACCUGGGCAGUGUUUUGUCAAGGCAUCCCAAGCUUUCAACAUACUACAAAUUGAUCCAGAAAUUCCCCGAUGUCCUGUUGCAACUGCCCAGCUAUGAGGGUGUCACCAUUGUUGCUCCUUCCAAUGAUGCUUUCAACCAAAUCCCCUAUUCUCCUCUCUCCAAUAUUUGGGACCCGAACGAUGCCAAGGUCACUGUUCCGCUGCUUCAGUACCACAUUCUUCAGGGUACUAUAAGCACAAUGAAGCUGAAGGAGGGGCCUGCAUAUGUCAAGCCUACCCUUCUUCACAAUCCUAAAUGGAGCAAUGUCACUGCUGGUCAGAACAUACUUAUCAACAAACAGCCUGACGAUGUCAUCUUCAGCACCCGGCUGGGCAAUCGAGCUACAGUUAUCAAUUACGAUAUCAAGUUUCAAGGCGGACUCAUCCAGAUUGUUGACAGUCUGUUGAUUCCGCCCUCUGGUAUUCGCCAGGUCCUCAUGGCAAGCAAGGUUGACUCGUUUCUCGGGGGACUCUUUAGAGCUGGCCUCAUGCCUGAUCUCGCUGGUCGCCAGGACAUCACUGUCUUUGCUCCAAGAGAUCAGGCUAUGGAGAUGGUUGGCAGUGCACUCAGCGGCAUGUCGGCCAAGGAGCUGGCAAGUGUCAUGGGAUACCACAUUGUACCGGGCAAGGUCCUGGUCUCGACUGACCUUGACAAUGCCACAUCUCUGACCACAUUGACUGGAGAGGAGGUCCACGUCCGCCAAAUUGGUAAUGAGAAGUUCGUCAACUCGGCCAAGAUCAUCACGACUGACCUUCUCAUUUCUAAUGGUAUCCUUCACAUCAUCUCCAAUGUCAAUAACCCAAAGGAGGCCAAUGCGGCUCCUAACCCUAGUCUCUGGCUUCAAAAUCCUGUGUUCAAGUCUGCUGGCGUUGACGAUGUCUUCGACUCGGAUAUCCCUUGUACCGCGAGUUGUCCAGCGACAAACACACCAACGCCUACACCGGCAGAUGAUGCCGAGAACAACGCCAUGGCAACGCCGUGGUUCACAACAAGGUCAAGCAGGGGAGUGGCUGCUCCUCGGGCCACAGCACAUGUUGCCCGCGCUGCACUGGGUAUCGUGGGUAUAGGUGCGGGGAUGGCGCUCUUGUAGUAGGAGCUGGUGUUCUUAUGGCCUCUUUGUUCUGUGUUCGCCUUCUUGGGCUUUGGUGUUUUGGAUCGGUUGGCUUUGCAGUGGUAUAGAUCUCUCUAUCGUUCGAUCAAGUAUUACCCCAACAUUCGUUAACGGAAGCAAACAUCCUCCUUUUGGCCAGUGUGUUCCCUCAGAUUCCACAAAUCUUGUUCUUGGUCAAGCAGUGUUUGAUCAACGUGGACCGAACUUCUUGGCGAAACAAGUCAUGGUACCUACUUGUCGUCCG